AUGAACGCUAAACAACGACUGUUCUUCUUUCUCUCUAUUCUUUUAUUUACGGCCGAAAUAAGAGCUGACAGUGAGGAUAAGAUUAGUGAAGACGACGAUCCCGACUUCCGCCCGUCAUUGACAAUCUACGACGGCCCUAGAUGCAAGGGGAACGUGUUGGCGACCGGCCCUUGUGAUCGUUGCUUGCAUUGGGAAGGGAAGAUCAAGGUGUUGUCUUAUCAGGCAAGGAUUUUCUUUCUUUUUAUUGUACAACGGAACCUUUGUACAACGAACUCAUAACGGGACAUUUAUAUUACGUAAAAUAUUCUUGAUUUUCAGUUCCACGGCAACAGCAGCUACUGCUUCCGUCUUAGCGACAGAAACGAUUGCGCAAAGAGCCGCAACUACUUUGGCGGCACCAUGGACAGAAAUGAAUGUGGGGAUGUGACAAACAUCUAUGUUAAUCAUGGAAUAUGCUAUUUGAACAAGGAUACGCGAUGA